AUGAGAAAAAACACCAGCAUGUCCCAGAUCAUUCGCCAUGGUGUGCUCAGCAAUACAGCAAGGCUCGAGGAGACGGCUUUGCUUGGCUAUUCUAGGCGCCCGAGAAUGAUGGUCAAGACGACGACUCGUUGUGAUCCGUUGGUCUGGGUGGAUGGGUUGAUAGAGCAUCAUAAUCUAUUCGUCGCCAUCACAUACCAGCACGCCUUUGUUUCACUGUUCUCCACUGUCGCGCCUUCAGCUUGCUCUAUGGAAAGUCGCUGUCGAUAG